AGUGGUGGUGAAUGGGGUUACAGCUGGGUGGGAGCCAGUCGCAAGUGGUGCUCCUCAGGCAUCAGUACUGGAUCUGGAACUGUUCAGUAUCUUUACUGAUGAUUUGGAUGGGGGAAUUGAGCGCACUCCCGCUAUGUUUGCCGACAACAGCAAGCUGGGCAAGUGUGCAUCUGCCUGGGGGUAGGAAGCCCUACAGAGGGAUCAGGACUGGCUGGAUUGCUGGGCUGAGGCCAACUGGAUGAACUUCGGCAAGAUCAACUGCUGAGUCCUGCAUUUCGGUCACAAAAAUCCUAAACAUCACUGCGGUUUUGGAGCAAUGUGGCUGCAGAGGAAAAAAUUUUGUGCAAGAAUAUCCUGCACGAGGUUGAUCACAUCUGAGAAUAAGUGGUGAGAUCCCCAGGGAAGCGCCUGAAGAGACACUAAGAAGGCACCCUCCUCUCCCCCCGGUGCUCUUUGUUUAAGGAAGACUUUGAAGAAAAUCACCAUAUCAAUGCGACAGGAAGAGCACUGAGACAUCUUGGAAACAACAGGAUGGCUGCUGGCUGACACCAGGUGACACAGCAAUUAACAGAUGUAGACCGUGUUACAUCCUGUUUUGUUCUCCAUAUCCUGGCGCAAAUACCACGGCCGUUCUGGUUCCACAGAUUUCUGCAAGUUUUACAGAACACCUGAUGCUGACUUGCGGAACAGACUCCAUAACCACGAGGUAGUUGUAGAGCAGGUGUGUUUAUUUGGCUGACCAAGGGAGGAUAACUGCUUCCUAGCCUGCAUACCGAAGGCAGGUAAACAUCUCUAUUGUAGAGGGAAUACGUGCAUAUUUAUGGUACAAGGAGUGGUUAUUACAAUUAAUUCUAGAAAUUCAUUACAAUAUUCCAUGUCUAUUCUACACUCCAAACUACACCCCCAUAUUGUAUAAUGGCCCCAUACUGUUUCCAUUGUUCAUGCUCAACUGCUCUUACAGUUUUAACAAUAUAACAGCCCUUUAUUCAAUGCCUGCAAAAUAUUUCACCUUUGAGCCAAGCAAUAUAAUCCAAAUCCUUUUAGAAUGCUUUGUACUUGUGCCAACUUAGCACCAAUAUUUGCAAUGGUCUUCAAAGCUAAGUGUAAAAAUAUCCCAGAAUGUGGGAUAAAUAGAUUAACUUAUCAAUACCAAGCAAACAUGUACUCUGUACCAUAAAUACGUACAUUCACUGAGCAUUCCUGAAAGUUUUCUUCUAAAUUAGUUUCACAUGGGCCAGUGAAGCUCCUGCUCCUGUUCUCCUGCAAAUAUCACCAUUAUUACACUGGUUUUGCUAGCACUUUUUAACUCAAACUCUUGUAUUUCUUUGUAUCAUUUCACCUUACACCAGUUUGUUCAGCACUGCUACAGAAACUCCCUAACCCAUGGGUGCCCAACUUUCUGGCUUGCCUGGCCUGCAGAGAGUGAAGAGGAAUUGUCUUAGCCAGCAUAGAAAAUAUGUAAUAGAGUUAAUAUAAGGAACAACACUUUUUUUUUUUUUUUUACUAUUUGUUUUUUACUAAAACUUAAAAACUUUAAAAAAAAAAAAACACCCAAAACCACAAACACCAAACUAGUGGAAUAUUUAAUAUUUGACUUUUUUUAAAAAACUUUUUUUUUUGGUGAAACUAACACACAUCUGGUUAGAUAUAAUUGUUUGCAAUUCCUAGUGAGUUCUCGAGCUGCUCAUCAGAAAGUUUUGGUGAAAUUUCACUCUUAGAAUGGAUUGGGUUGGAAGGGAUCCUACAGAUCACCCAACCAACAGGUGCCCCCCAGCGCAGGCUGCCCAGGGCCCCAUCCAGCCUGGCCUUGAACACUCCCAUGGAUGAGGCACCCGCAGCUCUCUGGCUGGCUGUCAGGGCCUCACCACCGUCUGAGGAAAUAAUUUCUUCUUAACAUCAAAGUUGAUUUUCCCCUCCUUUAGUUUAAAGCCCUUAUCCUAUCACUAUGAGAACAGCUAAGCAGUCAGUUCCUUUCCUGCUUAUAAGCUCCCCACAGGUACUGGAAGGCUGCUGUGAGCUCUUCCCAGAGCCUUCUCUUCCCCAAGCUAAGCAAACCCAAAUCCUUCACUUUUUCUGCAUAGGAGAGGCACUCCAGCCCUCAGAUCAUCUCUGAUCCUGUUCCAAGAGCUCUUCUUUCCAGUGCAUGAUGCCCCAGGCCCGGACACAGUGCUCCAGAUGGGAUUUUACAACUUUUUGAAGAAAUGAGGUAGCACAAGGAAAGAGGGACCAAACUUGCAGAAAGAGAAAAUAAUAACCACACAGCAUAGCUCAGCAAAGGAGAAGAUGUUCUCAACGUGCAAAUUGUCUGUUAGGGCUGGAAACAAACCGUCAGCCCUCCGCUCUAUUUCUUUAAUCAGUGAUAUUCCUUGUUUUCUGUUGUAUGUAUGCAUUACUGGCAAGCCUCUUGAGUUUAAUCUUUUAAAGAAAGUGUAUAAAAAGGAAGAAUGAUUAUGCUACAGUGCAUGUUUUUAAUUAAUGCUGAAAGGGACAGUUUUUGCUUUUAGUUGAAUCUAAAAAAUAGGUUCCAGAUUCUCAAAAUGAAAGUGGAUAUUUUGCAAGCCUGCCUACAACAAUUUACCAGAAAAUCCCAAUGAUGAAACAGCAGGAAAAUGAUUUAGCCACACUUUCCACAACAUUGAAAGGAUAAGAGGAGGAAGUAGUGGUAAUGUGGUGUGCUGGACAUAAUGAAAUUACACUGGGGUGCAAGAAAGCAAAAUAAAUCAUCUGUCCAUGGAGGUUUUCAAGAAAAGAGUAGACAUGCUGAGGAACAUGGUCAAGAGCUGUCCCAGCCAUGGGUUGAUGGGUGGACUCAAUGAUCUUAGUGGUCUUUCAAACCUUAAGGAUUCUCUGACUCCAUGAUUCUUGUGAAUAUAGCACUAUGAAUUUAUUUUAUUUAAAGAUAAGUCAAGCUUUUGGAGCCAUGAAAUAUGGUUUAGUAGCUUGUGGUACUGGGAAUGGGAGGGUGGUUGGACUAGAUGAUCUUGCAGGUUGUUUCCAACCUUGUGAUUCUAUGAUUCUAUGAUUCUAUGAUUCUUUUCAUUCCCAGAAGCUACAAAGGGAGCUUCCUGGAUGCUCCUCUGUCUACCAAGAGCCCUGAGGACAGCUUUCAUAGUCAGCCACCUGCAGUGUUGUCUGAGCACCAUGCUCGUGUCAAUUCAGACUGUAGUUAUCCCCUGAUGACUGAAGUUACUGCUGCACAAGAGCAAAGCCUGUAUCUCUGAGUCUUAGCAGAUUGCAGUGCAUUAACUCCUAGUUUAGGAAGACUCAUAUGAAGCCUGCUAGAAACCAUUUAGAGAAGCCAGUCUUCUUCAGAUGCUUCCCCCACAGCUUUUCACUUGGUGAAAAAGUUCCUCUAAAUAAAUUAAGACUGUUUCCACUAGAAGGACAUCACAGACAUGAAACUUGCAGCGUCUGUGAAGCAUUCUCUGUGCAAGGAGAAAAAAAAUAACAGAAAAAUUUUCCACCAGUGUGUCAUAAUUUGUUUUUCUGGGAGGUUCACCAAAAAAAAAAAAAAGAAGGAGAAGAAACUUUGAGCAUUAGCAUUAGAGACAACAGGCUGACAGGCCCAUUUUAUCUCUUCAAUAUGUUUCAUGACAGUAGGUAUUAUAUGUAAUUUAAAAUGUAUAUAUUUUCAAUCUGACCAAGUUAAAGUUUAGCUGAAAAUUUCUUUGCUGGCUCUCUGCAUCUGACUCUGCAGCCUGGAGAGAACAGGCACUCAAAGGAAUGUAUUUCUGUUCUAGAUAACCCUAUAUCCUUACAAAGUUGUACUACGUAGACAUGAAGAUGCUAUAUAAAUAAACUAUAUAAAUAUGUAUGUUCACAACAAUGUAUAGUAUUUAUUAUAUCAUAUGGUAUUUGAGCGUGGUCUUUUUGGUAGGAAGAAAGCCAGCUACUACUGAUGCAAGUGCAUGUAUACCAGCCUGAGCAAACUUUGGAAAUCCCCAGUUAGAAGGCAAAGAUAUUCUUAUAUAUGUUCUUAUAUAAGAACUUGGUUGCUCAACCGUGAGUAUACCCUUUUUUUUCCCCCUCAUUAUUUUUAUUAAAUUGCUGUGUGUGUCACUUCUUAAUCAGGAAGUGACAACAGGCAGAUCUCUGGAAACAAGCAGACUAAGCAAAAAAGCAAACAAUUCAGGCAGUAAUAUUUUUCUCAGUACUCGAUUUGAAUAUUAUAGGUAUGAUAAACUUUUUUGGAGAAGAUAAUCUCAAAUGGGCUCUCCUUUAUGCUUCUUGAGAUAGAUUUCAUUUUCAAUGACUUUCUUAUCUGAAUGUGUAGGUAGCUAACCAGACUCACCCCGAGUCCCUCAUUUAUAUAAUAAGAUCCACCAGACUGUAGCAAAUGCUCAACACUUAACAUACACAGCAGCUUAAUAAUGGCAGUCGCAGCAUAAAAAGUGAGAAAAAAAACAAGCAAACAAACAACAGCAGACAACCCACCAACAGGAUCCUGCAGUUCAUUCUUUUUAGUGAAGAUUUCUCAUCUUUUUUUCAAGAGGUCAGUGCUUGUAAUGAUAUGGUUGAAACUCUUUAGUAGUUCAUUUCUGUUCUUACAACUAUGUUUUCUGUUAUUUUGCAGAAAGGUCUUCCCUAACAAGAGUAAGUUGUGCUUACACAAUCUGCCAGUUUUUACUUGGUUUAAGCAACUUGUAAAACAGCACCUUUUCCACAUAUCUUAACUUCAAAGAAUGUCACUGCAUAGUGCUACCAGAUUUGCCAGUCAAGCAGUUCUUCAGGAGACCUGUUUAGGGGAGAUGUUUUUAAAUGUGUAUUUUAAUCAUUCAUUUUCAGAUGCCACUUCCACCUGGAUGACCAGAUAUUUUUGUUGAGAGUCUCCUACAGGUGCUCUCUCUUCACACUGCUUACAUGACUUAUGGAUUCUAGCCCAAUUAAAAAUGUUGUAUGUUGAUUGAGGCUUCUUUGAACUACACAGGGCAGUGACACUUGAGUUAAGACUGUUGAGAAAUAAAGACAGCUAACAAAUCAGUCCAAGCAAACACAUCGGCAGUCACCAAGGAGUUACAGUGCUAUGUCCUACCAGGAAAUUUUAGAUGUUUGCUGGCAGCCAAUGAAAGGCGAGAUAACAAUGCUGCUGACUCAUGAACAGGAAAGCUCCAACUGCAGGCUCACAUCUGCAGCAGUAUCACUACAACACUGGUCGUCUUUAUGCUGGUAUUUCUAAAGGGAAUGGAAGUUGCUGCUUCAGGAUACAGCAAAUAUCAGAUGCUGUAAGUAUGAACAUCUCCUGCCUUCUCUUGGGAUUUACCUCUACCAGGGACUUUGGGGAUGGUGAUUGAGGAUCAGUGGAUCUCUUCACUCACUCAUCCAUGAGCAUCAACUGUACCCAGAUCUUCCGUUUCUGUCACUCAUAAGGAUCCUGUCAGUUGUAGCUGAAGGGCUGCAUUACCUACACAGCCUCCAGCCUGCUGUCUGCCACUGCAGCCUGAAACCUUCCAACAUCUUUUUGGAUGCACAGUGCAGAGCCAAGUUGUGGUAUAUUGUGCUGGGAGAGCAUAGGCAAACAGAAACCCUUUGAAGGACAAACAGCCCCACUGGGAGCUUUGACAGGGAUCUGUAACAGCUUACAGCCUGCCAAUUCAGAGAAGUUUAUAUCAAGCAAUUUGCCCAGGAGGAACAGACUGCUCCACUUUGUUGCUGUGUGCUGUCAUCAAGAACGAGAUUACAGGCUGCGUGCUGCAGAAAGUGCAGACCUUCUAAAUGGGGUUUUGAUGAGUAUAAGUAAGAAGGAAAUUUCCACCGCAGUCUACAAUCUGAUGCAUGCAAAGGAGACAGCAAUUAAUGCAUGCAGAAGUUCAGAAGUAUACACUUUGCAGACAGGCCUACAGAACUCAGAGGUCAUCUGUCAACAAAAACUCACCCAAGUAAUGAGCAAGAAAGUCCCUCCUGUAGUACCAAGUUCAUCACCUGUUCUACUUGGUAGCAGUACAAAUAUUGCAGGAAGCAAAAAUAUUCUUGAGGCUGAUCUGACAGGUCCUAUCACACAGCACUCAACAAAGAAAGAUUACCCACACUCUGACAAAAGAAAGCCUUUUUGUACUCUGCUCUUAUCUGGUCCAAGUGCAGGCAGAGAAAACUGUCAGCAUAAGGAUCCACCACGGGCAGUCCACAGUCCACAAACUGUGCAACCUGAACAACCAGUGACUGAGGUCAUGAGCAUUUGGGACAGUACAUCUGAGUACAUGCUUCAGCAGUUUGCCCUCAAAAAGGGUGUGGCCGUAGACGUCCUUGGCACUUUCUACAUCCUGAGAAAGCGCAUCUGCGAGGGGACCAGGCCCAUGAUUGUCCCCAGGUUCCACCUGUCACAACGAGUGGCACAGGCCCAGGGGCUCAUCUACACCAAGAGCGACAUUCCUGAUGAUCUCAAAGUCGUCCCCCUGGACUAUUCCCAGCUGUCCCUGAAGACAUCCUUGCCAGAGAAGCUGGUGAAGGAGUGCGUGAAUGACAUCGUGGUCCUCUUCAGCUGGGGCGCAGGGCUGGGAGAGGACUACGACCUUGUUUUCAAGGGCAUUGGGGUUCUCAUGAGCCGGAAUCGGAUCCUCACAAUGAGGUACCGUGAGGAGUUUCUCCUUGCCAUUGAUCAGACAGGAGCUGUGCUGAAGUGUCUGCUCGCUAACCCGCAGACAGAGGUCUGUGUGCUAUCAGGCAGGGAACCGGCUGCUUUCCAUGUGUGUCCCGGGGGCAUCCGUGUGCUUCCAGGGUUUAAAAUUAAGCUGCCCUCUGAAAUAAAAGCCGGAGAGCUCUCCCCUGACAAGGAAGCCGAUGAGAAGGAAGGUGCACGGAGCUACCAGGAUAAGUACCUGCACCAGCAAAAGACACAGCCACCACACCAUCAGAAAGGGGACAGGGCUAUAGAAGGGAAUCAAAAGCACAGAAGGACGCCUAUGGACAAUGGUAUCUUCAGCCAGCUGUUAGCAGGCCUGAAGUCCAGGUCUGACGCUGAAGAAGGGGGAGUCAGGGAAGACGUGUAUAAGGAGCAGGAGAAAGAAGGUAAAGCAAUGGAUGAGUCCCUACACGGGCCAGCAGGUUUCCGCACUACCAGAGGACGGAGGCCAAGGCUGCCCGAGGAACACCUGUGCCUCCCAGGGAGCCGCAAGCACCCCACAGCCCAGCGGAGGCUGCCCCCUUUGACUCUGCCGGCGCUGCCCACCAAAGCCCUCCGAGGAGAGCCAGCACCCAGCGCCCCGCGUCCAAAGAGGACAGAGUUUUCCCACGCGCCAUCUGGCACCCAGGGGUCAGCCAAGCUGCUCCGAAAACUCCGUGGGGAAGAAGGUCAAGCUGAGGAGGGUGAGGGAGACGGCAGGGCAGCAGGGAGCCGCAAGCACGCCCAGCGGAGGCUGCCCCCGGUGACAGUGCUGGAGCUGCCCGCUGAUGUCACCCAAGCACAGCCAGCACUGGGAGCCCCGCGCCCAAAGAGUGCGCUACCAGCAAUUGAGGGGAGCUCUUCAAAGGCGGGCAAGAGGAGAAAGGUGCGCCAGUGCAGGGAGAAAACUGAAAUUCCUGCUUGCAAAGACCAUCAGCGAGUAGGACAGGAGGUCUGCUACCUGUGUUUGCAGCAAGAGCAUCAUCGCCUGCGGGCAGCCACGCUGGAGAAGAAGGAAAAGAAAGAAAGGGCUGAGCGGGCAGAGCUGCAGGACUGGAAGACCAGGAUGGCAGCCUUGAGCCAGCGGAGAGCACGUGCUGCAUGGGAGUGGGAGGUUGCCAAAACAGAGAAAAAGGAGAGCUUAAGAUACAGCAGAAAUUACCUGGAAUCCCUCUGCCCCACUCCUCCAGGCUACAUCCGGAGGAUGGAGUAUGACCGCGAGCUCCAGGAGAGGAGGGAGGUGUGGGAAAAGGAGUGUCGGAGAGUACCAGCGAAGAUCCCACUAUGGCAAUAAGCAUGGGCAGCUCCAGAGAGCUGGUGUUGAGCCAGGGCCCCCCACAGAUGGGGCUGUGGGCGUGCAGGCUGGAGCAGGAGGGGUCCGAAAGCAACUCUGUGCCACUCUUGCUGCCACAAGUGCCGAUGGCCCUCCCACCGCCAUGCCAGGGAAGGAUAGAACCUGGUGGGCAGAGCAGAAGACAGAGAACAGCAAAGCCCCCCCAGAGCUUGCAGCAGGAGCACACCUACUUCCCGUGGAGCACAAGAGCAGGCCAGUGCUUCACCUUCACACUGUGGCUGCAGGCCAAAGGAGCGUCACCUGCCUGGGAGCAUGGGAACAGACGAAAGACCAGUCAGAGCAGAAGCUGCAGAGCAAAAUAAGUAGCAUGAGAAGACAUGCUGAGAACCGAGGACAUCUCCAGAAUGCACGGGAGAAAGAAACUAUACAACUGUCAGGGAAUUGUAACCAUUUCUGCCCACCAUGACUGUGAGCUGCUUGCUCUGCAUACAAAGCUUCGGAGCGUAGAGAACAGCGGAAAAUUACUGGGUUAAGCUAGCGUGGGUCAACAGCCGUUCCCCCUCCUGUUUGUAUGCUCCCUUCAAGCACUGGCAGGCCACAGUGAGGUCUCCCCAGAAACCGGUUUGAACAUCAUGUUGUUUGUAACGUUAGCUAUUCCAUCUGGGAAGUGGCUGUUUGUAACAUCAGCUAUUCCAUCUGGGAUGUCAGUGUCAAAAUUCAAGUCAUGUUGCCCGGUAUGUAUCGUGAGGAAUAAAGGAAUGCCACUUUCUAACACCA